AUGAGUAAUAUAAAAGAUGAGCACCCGCGGGAGGCAUCUCAGCCUUCUGCGGUGCAUAACCAAUGCAACGAGUUCUCGUUAUCAAAAUCAAGGUCUGAGGAAGAGAAACCACCUUCUCGUUGUACGGAUUCCCCUUUACCCGGAGGUUCUUCUGCCCCAUCUGCGCCGUAUAGAGACGGGCCCAAGCUGUCAAAGGAAGAAGAGGAGGAAAUGUUUCGGGCCCUGCAAGCUAUAUUCCAGGUUGCUGAAGAGGAGGAGAAAAAUUUCGAUAUUAAGGAGUUACUCACUGCAUUGGAGGGGGCGGAAGAAGAUACUCGACACAAGAUGAAUGCCCUAAAGGGUGUCAAAGCCAACCUUGAUCUUCUCUGGAGGAGCGGAUCGCAUUUCAUGGUCCAAGCUGCUGAGGUAUUGGCUAAUGGGAGUCGUGACCCGAAAUGGCGGCGGGCAUACGGUCAGACUGGGAUAUUGGACUUUUUCCUCCAAGUAAUUGCAACAUCUGAUGUGGAAGAUGAUCUCCUACUUCACUCUUUACGGCUGAUCGGAAACUCCUGUGCGGACACUGAUGAAAAUAGGCAACUGGUCGUUGAUAAGAAUUACACAUCUCCGAUUAUUAACCUUUUCCGGAACCCUGCUGUAGUCCAUGUGGCCAUCCCUGUUAUAUAUAAUAUUUGCGUCGACUUUGAGCCCGCACAGGCGCAAGUCGCUGCAAACGGAGUUGGAUACAGUCUCCUCACGCUACUUUCCGAUGAUUUAAUCGAAGGAAAUGCACUCCUAACAUAUGCUCUCGAACUGCUCGAGACAGCAACUGAACAAGCAGCUCAAGGAGUUGAACGUGUACCGGAUGCCGCUCUUCCAUUACUUAUCAAUCUCGCCACAGAUGAAGACAUAGGGUUUCCUCAAUUUACAACACUCGCUAGCUGUCUUGGUUCAUAUCUGCUACAUGAGCGCUUUCAAAAUAUAUGCAUUAUUCACCAUCUUGUCGAAAGGGUUAUUUCGGUCCUUUACCGGUCGUACGACCUUGCUCCUCAUGGACUUAGCCCAGGGGACAUUCAAAUGCUCACUCAACUACGGAUAAGGCUCAACCAAGCGCUCUCAGACAUAUCUGCCCUGCCCCUAUUCUCACAAGCCUAUCCUCUUAAUUGUGACCUUUCGGAAACACUGCGCUCUUGGCUCCAGAAACCAGAAGACCAAUUGCAAAUAUGCGCUUGCGUCAUGCUUGGAAACCUAGCUCGAGAGGAUAAAAUUUGUGCAUCAAUGGUCAAGGAUUACCAAGUCCAUGUACCCCUGAUAUCAAUUCUAAAUGGCGAUGCCAAAGCUGCCGUCUUACACGCUGUUCUUGGGUUCUUAAAGAACCUUGCUAUUGCCACUGACAACAAAGAGCCGCUAGGCUCCGCUGGGAUUAUCACAGCUGUAUCGCGCCUCUGGGCAUUCGACACUCUGCCUCAGGUCCAAUUUUCCGCAGCCAGCCUCACACGCCAAGUCAUUGUCUCCUCAUUCAAUAACAUCUCGCGUUUGCUAGAGCCUUUAUCCUCUGACCCGGAUUCUCCGGCGAAUUCGCGUACAUACCUCUCUUUGCUCCUCUCCCUUUUUGGGAAAUCCGACGCUACUCCAAUCAAGAUAGAAAUCGGCCGUACGAUCUGCGCCAUAUGCCGUUCCAUUAACCAGCGGCAACAAGAAGGAACUGAGGCGGCAAUUGAAGCUUCCAAUCUCUCCAAAUGCCUGUACAAGCUGCAUGGGGACGUCGCUUGGCCGCUUGGAACGAUGAUAACUCAGACAGAGUGGCCUGUUGUGCAAAGUGAGGGUUGGUUUGCGCUUGCCCUGAUGGCGUCGACACCCUCCGGCUCUCUGGCGGUAGUCGAUAGUUUGCAGAACAUGAGCGUUUUCCAGCAAAUCCAGGACACAGUUAAGAUGGGUAUAUCCGAGCUUUCGGGUGGAGAGUCUGCGCAGGAGAAGACAGUACGACUGAAGAAGGCGAAGGAUCGGGAUAACGCGACUAUUCUUGUAGAUGGGUUGUUGAAGAAUACGUCAUCAGCACUUUCCGGCGCAAGAAGGGAGAUACUUGAGGAUCUCAUGCGGGAUGUCGUAGAAACUUACCGUGUUGGAUAA